GCCUGCCUGCGCUGCGGUUGUGGAACCCGAUUUGUUUCUUUGGCUUUUUGCAUUGUAUUGGUAGGAGGAGCUGCUUUCCUGUGAUUGUCUGCCUCUUCUCUCUCUCUCUCUCUUAGCAGGUUUCUCAUUUUUCCAAAGUUAAAUAUUCAAGUCUGUGAGCUCUCACAGACGGUGGGUGCCUGCGCCGGCGGCGAGGUUUGCCUUUGCUUGCGUCGAAAGCGAGCGGAACAGAACAGAACAGAACGGAGCGACUCUGUUUGUGUCACAUAACCGAGGCUCUUCCACUUGUGUUCGAUCCAAGUGUUUCUUAACUUCGAUUUCGACUGCUUUCAAGAUGACAGAAGAAAAGAAUGUUGGGCAUAUAAAGCUGGUGAUUGACCAGCUUCCGUGGGAUUGGAUGUCGCCUCUAGAUUGGUUCUGCUGAAGAUGGAAACACUGGAGUCUGAGCUCACCUGCCCAAUCUGCCUGGAGCUGUUUGAAGAUCCUCUUCUCUUACCCUGCGCCCACAGCCUGUGUUUCAACUGCGCCCACCGCAUCCUAGUCUCCCACUGCUCGUCCAACAAACCUCUAGAGUCCAUCUCCGCCUUCCAGUGCCCCACCUGCCGUUACGUCAUCACGCUGAACCACCGCGGCCUGGAGGGCCUGAAGCGCAAUGUGACCCUGCAGAACAUCAUCCACCGUUUCCAGAAGGCCUCCGUCAGCGGCCCUAACUCCCCCAGUGAGAGCCGUCGUGCUCCAGGUCUCUCCGGAGGCCACAGGCCCUAUAGCAGCAGCGGAGGAGGAAGCUCCGGCAGCCACAGCGCCCGCUCCAGCCCGGCUCAGCCCUCCUCACAUCAGCACACCGCCACCAUGUCUCUGGAGCACCGUAUCAGCUGCCAGUUCUGUGAGCAGGACCCGCCUCGCGAGGCAGUAAAGACGUGCGUGACCUGCGAGGUGUCGUACUGUGACAGGUGUCUACGUGCCACGCACCCCAAUAAGAAGCCGUUUACCAGUCACCGGUUGGUGGAGCCGGUGCAUGACGCCCACCUGAGAGGCCUCACCUGUCUGGAGCAUGAGAAUGAGAAGGUUAAUAUGUACUGCAUCGUGGAUGACCAGCUGAUAUGUGCCCUGUGUAAGCUGGUGGGACGACACAGAGAACACCAAGUCUCCUCUUUCAGCGAACGCUUCGACAAACUCAAGGUGAGCCCCCCCCUGCUCUCUCUAACACACAGAUCACACACUAACUGUACCCCUCAACAAACUGUGUUUGAAGGGUUUCAUUCCGAAAUGCAAUAUAUACAUUUUCAGAAAUGUUGGUGAAUUGACAUAAAUUAAAAACACAUUUUGUGAAAGUGAUAAAGGUAUUAUUGUUUUAGUCUUGCCAUGACAUGGGCUAAUGAAAAAAUAAACAACAUGAUUUUGUUUUGAAAUAUUGCAAGAUCAUUUUUUACUUCAGGGAGGCAAA